AUGUCUCAUCACUCCAUCCUCGCCUCUUCUGGACACAAGCACUUCAGCUCUUGUUCUGUAGCUUCACCCAAACACUCCAGCUCGCACAGCAUCUUAUCCCAUUCUUCUAAGCACACAGGACAUGGACACAAGGCUCAACAUUGCUUCAGCAGCAAGAGUGCCCAUAACAUUGGAUCCAAGGGACAUAAAAUGUCAUUUGGAAGUUUUCACUUAGGCAAAAGUGGACAUGGAUCUGGAUUUGGGGGGAUUAGUGGUUGUGGAAAAUCUAGUUCUGCAGGGAUCACCUCUGUCACUGUAAACCAGAGUCUUCUUGCCCCUCUAAAUUUGGAGAUUGACUCAAGUAUCCAGAGAGUAAGAACUGAGGAGAAAGAUCAGAUCAAAGGAUUGAACAACAAGUUUGCCUCCUUUAUUGACAAGGUGAGAUUUCUGGAGCAGCAGAAUAAGAUGUUGGAAACUAAGUGGGCUCUCCUACAAGAACAGAGAACAGCCAGUUGCCAUAUUGAACCUUUGUUUGAGGCUUUUAUUACUAACCUAAGAAGACAGCUGGAAAGUCUGGAAUGUGAAAGUGCUCGUCUAGAAGCAGAGAGAAACAACAUGGAGGAAACAAUGGAAGAAUUUAAGAGAAAGUAUGAAGAUGAAAUGAACAGGCGGACAGCAGCAGAGAAUGAGUUUGUCUUGCUAAAGAGGGAUGUUGAUGCAGCCUUUAUGAACAAAGCUGAACUACAAGCAAAGGCCGACUCUCUGACCGAUGAGAUCAACUUCUUGAGGACUCUGUAUGAUGCGGAGAUCGGUCAGCUCCAGGCUCAGAUCUCAGACACUUCAGUAGUUGUGUCUAUGGACAACAGCCGAGACCUGGACCUGGACAGUAUCAUCUCCGAGGUCAGAGCUCAGUAUGAAGACAUUGCUAACAGAAGCAGAGCUGAGGCUGAGGCCAUGUACCAGUCAAGGUUUGAUGAGCUCCGUAUGGCAGCUGGAAGAAAUGGCAACGAUUUAGAAAACAGCAAACAUGAGAUUGCAGAACUUACCCGAGCUAUUCAGAGACUUAAAGGAGAAAUCGAAUGUGCUAAAUCCCAGCGUGCCGCCCUAGAGUCAGCCAUCAAUGAGGCUGAGGAACGUGGUGAAGCUGCUGUAAGAGAUGCCAAGAAUAAACUUGUGGAACUGGAGGCUGCUCUGCAGAAGGCCAAGCAGGACAUGGCUCGCCAGCUGAGAGAAUACCAGGAACUCAUGAAUGUCAAACUGGCUCUGGAUAUUGAGAUCGCCACCUACAGGAAGAUGCUGGAGGGAGAAGAGAGCAGGUGA